GACAUCAUGGAACCUUCUGUCAACUUCCAGGGUCUCUGCUCAGGGCAAAGUUGGAGCCUGCUACAUUGGUUCCUCUGGCUUCCCUGCUCAGGCUCACAAACCAACACUUUUAGGAUCAGCUUGCCAAGACCGAGGCAAGACCAAAAAGCAAGGAGGGGCAGUGCUUCGCAUUUCUGAGAGAUUUGUGCAGCCCUGCCACUAUGAACUGCUGGAAGUAUUACAUUGACUGCAUCCUGAGUGACAGGAACAUUGACGAUGUAGCCAUAGUGGGCCUCUCCGACAACAAGUGUGUGUGGGCAACAAAGCCAGGAGGGCUGCUGUCAGCUGUCUCACCUUAUGAAGUAGACUUGAUCACAGGCCAGGAUAGGAAAACGUUCCUGAUGACUGGAAUCACCAUCGCAGGGAAGAAGUGCAGUGUGAUUCGUGACAGCCUGCUGGUAGAAGGAGACAAUGUGAUGGAUGUCAGAAGUAAAGGUGGUGACAGCAGAUCCAUCUGUAUAGGCAGGACCCCCAAAGCUUUGAUCUUCCUCAUGGGCAACAGAGGAGUCCAUGGAGGAGUCCUCAAUCAGAAGAUCCAUGACAUGAUUGCCAGCCUGACACUGUGAGGCAAAUGGCACCAGAGAGACAGAAAUCUUCCACCAGAAUAUGGUGGCACUGUCAUAGCUUUAGAGAAAGGAAAUAAGUCUGGUUUUCUUGCAUA